AUCGUAUAAUAUAUCUCGUGCUAGACUGAUUUUGCGCUCAAAAUAAUCUGUUAGUUGGGAGAAUCAGUUCGCCAUUUCAGCGACGGCCAGGAGAAGCGUGGAUGAUUCGAACGUUGUCGAAGAAUGUUCAGUCGCGAGCAAACCGCGCUCUAAUCGCGUUCGUGUCACGAAAGCGAGCCACGCGAACGAACAGAGAAACUGGGAGAGUAAUUCUUUUCGUUAGAGUCAACCGGUUGAUGAGACGAGGAAUUAUCGCGAGGCUGAAUUGAACGAUACCUUUGAGAUUGUUCGGAGGAAUUUUUUAAUAAUCGGCGACUUGAUUUUUUGACAUAAAGGAAUAGUCAAGUCAGAGGGGAAACAAAGAAACGAAUGAAAUUUCUUUUGAAGUUAUUCGAGAAAACAUUAUAACAAUUGUCCAUGUUAUGAAAAGCAUUUUUUUAUAAGGCAUUUCGUGAAAAGGAUUUCUUUUUUUUUUAGAUCAAUCAGAUAAGGAAGUGAAUGGAUUGUUGUGGUUGUAAGAAGCUUGAUCGUUGGAAUUGAGGUGCGAAUCCAAAGGAUGUUUAUUGCAGUCAAUAAUUUGAUGAUGAGAAAAAUUUAUUCCUGGUGAAGCUUGUCGAGAAACAAGAAGAAUCUUAAACCGAUUUUCGAAGGGAAAGUGUAACUUUGAAGAAAAUCUUAUUGGUUUUAUGACGGAAACAAUGAAAAAUUUGAAGAGAUGUUCUGUAUCUAUCUGUGGAAGGAAGAGAUAGAUCAUUUUGAGAAGGAAACAAGAACAGUUCGAGGAUGAUCGUGAAUAAUCUAACUAAAAAUUGUUAAAUUUAAUAUUAAAAUAAUUAAGUUUCAUACCAAAAUAUUAAAUUUCAAGUAAGUUUUCAGAAAAAAGAAGAUAUAACUAAAUCUGAGAGAGAAAUGAAAGAUAGUAAAGGUCGAGGGGAACAAUUUAAUAAUGCUUGGGAAUAAUCUAAAUAAUCAUUAAAAUUCAACCUGUAUUGUGUUACGAAGAAGUAGGUGUACAGAUUAAUAAAGAAACAUAAAUUUGAAGUGCAAAAAUCGAUAAUUGUAUAACAUACAAUUAUCACAAAGAGGAAGAAAAACCUAAACGAAGGUUAUAAAGCAUUUGACAGAUUAGUGGAGUUGAAGGCGGAAGUAAGAAGAGAAAGAAUUGAUGGAUAGUCUUGGAAGAGGAGAAACAAUUUCCAACGAUCUCACGGAAGUAAGUUUCAGGCAUGUUUACAGUUGGUUGGAUAAUCAAACGACGCUCAAGUUAUUUGUACGGCGUCGCGUGUUAAUCGCGUCAUAGAUACUAAUGACAUACAACCAAGAAUCGAAUUACUAUUACACAGAAUAGUAGUCGAAACUAUUCCGAGGUAAAUCGAAGGCAACGAUUAGACGAACGAUCAGUAUACAAUUAGAUCUGAUUCGAACUUGAUUGCAGUGACACGAUUCAGAUUUAAUUUGAUCGAUGAAUGACAUAAUCAACAACUAGACGCUUAAACUGGAAUACGUAAUUAAUAAAAUCACCUGCUAUUACGAUACGAGUUAAAUGUAGGAAAAUUCCAGAGUUAGAUAUAUGAAAAUUCUUAUAUACAUAAUAAGAAAGAAAUUCAUAACAAAAUCUAGAAAAAGUUUCGGAUGGAAAUCGUUGAAAUUUUAAAUUUCAUAGUAAGAUUGAAAGGACUUGUUUUUAUUAAAAUUAAAAAGUUUGUACCAGAAGCCGAAGGAAAUUACGUUGAAAAUUAAAAGACCCUGAUAAAAAUCGAAAAUGAUGUCGUGAAAAUUUAAAAUCUCGUAAGAGAAAUUGAAAUAAAAUUCAUUGAAAAAAUGUUAGACUUUUAUCAUGAAAAUUGAAAGAACAUUUUCAUAAGUUAAAAAAAGUUAGAAGAGAAUAGACACUUUUUCUAAUAAGAUCCAUCUUACGGAAUAAUAGCAUCAAAUCAACGAUCCAAUUUCUGAGACCUACCGCAAAAAAGAACGAGACGGCGGACACGUUAGACCGGAAGUAUCGUGGAAAGACAAUCUCCGAGUGACAACACGUGGAUUGGACGCUUAGCAGUACAGAGCAACCAUAAUAAACUCAUCCUGUCCCGUUGAUGAUUUUCUAUUAAUAUGUCUCAGCGAAGACCAACGACAUAUUCUAUUCGUCCCUGAAGAUGCAAUGGUCAGCCAUGUUUCGAUCGAACGACCGACCUAUUUUUAAAGCCGCAAAUUGAUUCGAACGCUUUCAACCACAGAAAUCGACCAAUAACACUCAACAACUUAUCUUCCAAUAUUCUUCGACUUCAUAAAAAUUUCGAGGCUAACUUAUCGAGUUUAAAUGAAGACCAAGAGAGAAGAAGUGCUCUUCGCAGACCACUUGACGCGUGGAUUGAUAAUAAAGGCACCACGACGAGUCUGAUCGAACCAUCUAUUCGCGUCGACCGCGGUAAAUUGAUUGGAAUUGACUUAAUCGUCCUCGAGGGAUACCAAGGGUUCGUCUUUGUCCUUGGAAGCACCCGAAAAUGUCGAAGAAAGACGCAACCGAACCUAUCUCUCGUUGUAUCGUUUGUACCGUCGUCAACAGAUCUUCAAAACAGACCUUUAUGAUACACCGAAGCUUAUGAGACUUCAACUUACAAAGAGAACAUGCGGUGAUUUAUCUUUUCGAUCGAUUACCACAUCGAUUACGAUUAAACGAAAGAAACGAAGGCGAUUCGAAUUCGAUCGAAACGAUGGAAUAAAAAAUUCGCGGAAACUUUCUUUGGCGAAAUGUAAAUGUUAAAAAAAUCGAAUAAAACAUUUACAGAGACUUUCGCUGCAAUUAAUAUUAAAGUUAAUUUUAUACUAGUCAAUCGUCCAAAAAGCUAGUCAACGUUAUCCGAUUUCACAGAAUCUCUCGGAAUCACCCGGAAUCUCGUCGAGAAAAAUGAUUUCGUCAAACAAGUCGGUCGGUUCGGAAGGAUCGAUAAUAAUCGGAGAUAGCAUGAGGUUGGCCGGAAGUCACGAAGAUUCGCUGGCCUCUGAAGGUACAUGGGAGAAUUACACGGGACUAAUCGCCGAAUAUUUGCAACAGGAAAAUUGUUCGACGGUCAGGCGGGAUCCGUUGUACAUCGUUUUACCGAUCACGGUGAUCUAUGCGGUGAUCUUCCUCACCGGAUUAAUCGGCAACGUGUCCACUUGUGUUGUGAUCGCGCGUAACAAGUCGAUGCACACGGCCACCAACUACUAUCUGUUCAGCUUGGCCGUUUCUGAUUUACUGCUGCUGAUAUCCGGCCUGCCUCCAGAGAUGUACUACAUCUGGUCGCAUUUCCCGUACGUGUUUGGCGAGGCGUUCUGCAUUAUUCAAAGCUUCGCCGCGGAGACGUCCGCGAACGCCACCGUUCUGACCAUCACCGCCUUCACCGUCGAAAGGUACGUCGCAAUCUGUCAUCCUUUUAUCUCGCACACGAUGUCGAAACUGUCCCGGGCGGUGAAGUUCGUCAUAAUAAUUUGGCUGCUGGCGCUAUGCAUGGCCGUGCCACAGGCGGUUCAAUUUGGCAUCGUUUACGACUAUCGCAACGGCUCGGUGGUCCUGGACUCGGCUCAAUGCUCCAUCAAGUGGUAUCUGAUGAAACACACCUUCGAGGCAUCCACCAUGCUGUUCUUCGUCCUGCCGAUGACCAUCAUCACCGUUCUCUAUGUACUGAUCGCGAUUAAGUUAAGACGAUCCAGACUGUUGUCAGCUACUGCGAAGAGGAACCAUUUGUCAGCUGGAUCCAUUCACGGCGAUAGCGGAAGAGGAAAAAGCGCCGCACAGAGGAACGUUAUUCGAAUGCUGGUUGCAGUAGUAGUGGCGUUCUUCAUCUGUUGGGCACCGUUCCACGCUCAAAGGCUGUUGGCUGUGCACGCAAAGAAUACGACUGAACCGAAAGACGCGUUAGUAAUAGUCUACACUAUCCUCACGUACAUGUCCGGGGUGUUUUAUUACCUUUCCACGACAGUGAAUCCACUGCUCUACAACAUCAUGUCCAACAAAUUUAGGGAGGCUUUCAAGUCGAUGCUGUCGAAUCACUGCGGGCGGAAGUGGUCCUCUCGCAAGUCAGUACCACGACAACCGACGUACAGUAGCCUCUCGAGGUACGCGAGGUCCACGUUCAGGCAGACGGAUGAUCGUCAAAAUUCGCCGUCGAUCUCCGUCAGCGACAACAACCAAAAGCUGAGAACGACCAAUACCACCGAACUUACCGGAUUAAACGAUCGAAAGGACAAUGGACGAAACCAGUCCGACUCUGUGGCGAAUAAGAUCAAUCAUCGAGAAUACAGCAGAAGCGUAUCCAGAGGAUUGAACUCCAGUCAGUUUACCUUAAUGUCGUCCGUUAGUAAAAGUUUCAACGAAGGCAACAAUAACAUGACUGCGACUUACGUGAACAUUCAAAGAGCACCGAGAGUUGUCACGCUCGGAAUACUCGCCGGCAAAUUGAGAUUGGGAACCAAAGAGCUAUUUUCGCCUCAACAGAAGAUCGUAACUAGUUCAGCGCCCAAGCCGGAAACGAGGACAGUGUUGGCACCGCAAUUCCAAAGUCAUCCGAGUAUAGAGAGUGCAAACACUAUCAGUAACUCUAGUUUAAAGGACUAUGACGAGACAGAGUUUACUGGUAUAGAAUUGGCACGAUACAUGGGUGAACUGAACUGUGACUUAAUCACUUAACGUUCGUUUAAGGAAAAGCGUCCCUUCGUCGAACGAGCGAAGCAUAAGUACUUAACGAACUAAAAAAAAAAAGUUGAGAAAUUGAGGCUUUGAAGUAAGAAUACGUGUAUGCGAACUUCUAUAGGCAACAGUCAAGAGAAUCUAAGAAAGAAGAACUUAAGACUUGAAAUUUAAAUAAAGAUACUGAAUAUGUAUGUCUUUUAAGAGGGAGCAUAUUUGUAAAUCUUACAUUGUAAUCGAACAGCAAGGGAUCUACGAACACGCUGAUGUAAAUCAUAUUAUUAGUCUGGCAUAAAUGCUUCCCCAGUGUAUUGCGAAAACGCCCACAUUGAAAAGAUCCAAGAUCAUCGAAAUUUAAUAUUACCAAUUAACACUACUGCGUUGUAUAUGCCCUUUCCGCGUGUUCAUCAAUCCUUUUCGCGCGCGCAAACAUCAUUAUAAAUCACUGAAACGGUGAAAACUGUAAGAAAACGAUUUCAUGGAUCAUUUUGUGUAAACAGCAGCGCUUAAACAAAUUUUCUAAGAAUAGAUACAGAAAGAAAUUGAAUAAUAUCGUGAAAACAUGAUCUCAGACGAUUUCAAAUUUAAUUAAUGGUAAAUGUUAUUAUAGCGAUACUAAACAUAGAGCAAGGUCGUUUGGAAAUUACAGAAAGUCAUAGAAAUCGUGUAAUAUUUUAAGGAAAUAUCGUUCAUAAGUAGUACAGUGCGAAUUGAUUAUAUGAUUAAUUAUGAAAUUUGCUUUGUACAUUCUUGUACUUCAUUUCACUGAAAAUACAAGUUCACUGCUUCGUAAUUACAAAAGGAAAUCUCUUGAAUAAAUAUAAGCGAUAUUUAUUUUUCUACUCGUAUCAUACAUAACAAUUUGUAAAAACCAUUCAUAUAUCUCAUCUAUGCUUUUAUAAACGUGACGUGAAAUUUGUAUAAAACAUAAAAUGUAAAAGAAUAUGCAAGCACACUUGCAAGGAAAUAAACCAAUCAACGAGUCCUGUUAAAUUCUAACGCACGUAGAAUAU